AAUUAACCUCUGUCAUUUCUUUUGUCAGGGCCCAGUUAUGCCUGGGAGUCACUCUGUUGAAAGAUUUGUGAUUGAAGAAAACCUUCACUGCAUCAUCAGAUCCUUUUGGAAAGAGAGAAAGACAUGUGCUGCCCAAUUAACAAGCUAUCCAGGAAACAACAAGAUCCCUCUGAAUUACCACAUUGUUGAGGUAAUUUUUGCUGAGUUGUUUCAGCUUCCUGUUCCGCCUCACACCGAAGUCAUGUACACCACACUCUUUAUCGAACUUUGUAAACUUCAGCCUGGAUCUUUACCUCAAGUUCUUGCCCAAGGCACAGAAAUGCUGUACAUGCGCUUAGAUACAAUGAAUACUAUCUGUGUAGAUAGGUUUAUUAAUUGGUUCUCCCACCAUCUUAGUAAUUUUGAGUUCCGUUGGAGUUGGGAAGAUUGGUCAGAUUGUCUUUCUGAGGAUCUUGACAAACCUAGACCUAAGUUUGUAAGAGAAGUACUGGAAAAAUGCAUGAGGCUUUCCUACCAUCAGCGAAUAAUAGAUAUUGUUCCUGCUAGUUUUUCAGUCCUGACUCCUGCAAAUCCAACAUGUAUUUAUAAAUAUGGAGAUGAAAGCAACAAAUCUCUUCCUGGCUACAAUGUUGCACUCUGUUUAAAUAUUGCCAUUAAAAAUAAAGCAAGUAAUGAUGAAAUCUUCACCAUUCUGAAGGAUGUGCCCAAUCCUAAUCAGGAUAAUGAUGGUAAGCCCUUCUGAUAUUUACCAUGUCCCAUUUCUAAUUUCUAUUUAUGGAAACAUUGUGUAACAUCAGGGAAGUUAGGUUUAGGCAUAUCUAGUACAUGGUGUUGAUUCUUAUGCACACACAAAGAAUACAUACUAGUUCAGUGGAAUUUUUAUUUGUCCUUGGCUGUUGUCAUCUAUCACUACCCAAUACAUACUAACAAGCAAAUAUACCUUUAGUUUCAAAAAUGGUAUAUGGGCACAGGUGAGAUGGCAUUACUGUUUCAUAAGGUCACACUUUAGGGACUGCACAAGCAGUGGCUUUUUAGUGUACAGAUAGUCCUCAUUUAGCCUUAGAU